GCAACACAUUGGAUGCCAAGCACCGUUAAACCUCAGAAGAAGGGCUGAGAGGAGAGUGGAUCCAGAGUCCAAGGUCUGUUUGAGGGUGAAUGGGGUGACAGCAGAAGAGAGGGUAAUGGACUAGUACAGGGUGACAGGCUGCCAGGGAGCCGAGAGGAGGACAGGUGAGGAGUGGUGCUAUUGGAGCUUUAGCUGCUAGCGGAACGCUAUUAGUGUGGGAUGUUACGCUGGACAACCCACCUGGAAGGAGGGCCGCGGAGGGUGAACCAUGCUGCUGUCUCCGUGGGACACAAGGUGUUCUCCUUCGGAGGGUACUGCUCUGGAGAGGACUACGAGACGCUGAGACAGAUAGAUGUACACAUCUUUAACACAGUUUCUCUGCGGUGGAUGAAGUUGCCUCCAGUGAGAACAGGUGGUAGGGAACACGCCAGGGAUGUCCCCUACAUGCGUUACGGUCACACAGCCGUGCUGCUGGACGAUACCAUCUACAUCUGGGGGGGUCGUAACGACACAGAGGGGGCCUGCAACGUCCUCUAUGCCUUUGACAUCAACAACCACCGGUGGUUCACCCCUAAGAUUUCUGGGACGGUUCCGGGGGCGAGAGAUGGCCACUCUGCCUGCAUCCUGGGGAAGGCCAUGUACAUCUUUGGAGGAUACGAGCAGCUGGCUGACUGCUUCUCCAAUGACAUCCACAAGCUGGACACCACAACCAUGGCCUGGUCACUAAUCAAUACAAGGGGUACUCCAGCUCGUUGGAGGGACUUCCACUCUGCCACCAUCAUUGGCACUAAGAUGUUUGUGUUUGGAGGCAGAGCAGAUCGCUUCGGUCCGUUCCACUCUAAUAAUGAGAUCUACUGCAACAAGAUAAAGGUGUUUGAUACAGAGACCAACAGCUGGCUGAACACUGCUACUGCUCAGCUCCCACCAGAGGGACGACGUAGCCACUCAGCCUUUUCCUGUAACGGGGAGCUGUAUAUAUUCGGGGGCUACAACGCUCGUCUGGACCGACACUUCAACGACCUUUGGAAGUUCAACCCAGAGACGUUUUCGUGGAAGAAGGUAGAGCCGCAGGGUAAAGGUCCGUGCCCCAGGAGGAGACAGUGCUGUUGCAUGGUGGGAGAUCGGAUCAUCCUGUUUGGAGGAACCAGCCCAUGUCCAGAACAGGGGAUGGGAGAUGAGUUUAACCUCAUGGAUCAUUCUGACCUCUACAUACUAGACUUCAGUCCUAAUCUGAAGACAUUAUGCAAGCUAGCUGUUAUUAACUACAGUCUUGACCAGGAUGGUCUACCACACGACAUCAGGUGGGAGCUGAACGCCAUGACCACCAACAGUAACAUCAGCAGACCUAUCUUCUCCUCUCAUGGCUAAACUGACCCAGAACACCAGGGCUGAACUGACCUCAAAACUACCACAAUACCAGAACACCAGGGCUGAACUGACCCAAAGCUACCACAAUACCAGAACACCAGGGCUGAACUGACCCAGAGCUACCACAGUACCAGAACACCAGGGCUGAACUGACCCAGAGCUAGCUGGCUGUCAUAGUACCAGAAGAUUAUCCACCGUCUGAGCUGGCCUUUGACACUACUAGAACCUGGCAGAGAACCCUACGGUCUGGCCUUAACCAAGUGCACUUAGCUCCAGCAGUAUCAGGGCUGACUCCACCAGAACCUUAACGCUCUGAAGUCCUGUCAGUAAAACCAUGUUUCUGGUUGUCCUAGGUCUGGUUCUCUACCUGCCAGGGCUGUUUGAAUCUACUGGACCUGAAGACCAGGAGGCUGUCUGCCUGUCUGUUUUUACAGUAACAUUUUGAUCUGGUCUGAAUUGGAGUUUUCUUCUUCCUUGGAUUGUCUAUCUAUCGCUCUCUCUCUCUCUCGCUUCUCUUGUUGUCCUCCCUGGACACUAUCAGGAGGGGGUGAAUGGUGCAUUAGUAUCUGGGUUUGUGUUGCUCUCUUUCUCAAUGUGAAUCACCUUGAUCGUUUUACCAGUAUUACGACAAGCAGAACAUAUUCUUCACUCAACACUGAUUUCUCUUUCUUGAAAGAGUUGCAGAAGUGAAUGCUGACAUUUUGACAUUUAGUUUUCUCUGCUCCGUACUCUCUCCUGACUGAUCAAAUGUCUGUGAUGAUUACCAUAUAUUUAAAGGGGCACCCCUCCAUCAUUGGUUUUGUUUAACAGCUCAUCAGGGAAGGAACAGAAGUUCUGAACUCCAAAUAUUCUGAGUGGAUAACUAACCUCUCUUCUCUCUGUGGAGGUGAAAUACGUGUCAUCCCACUGUACCAGCUGAGAGAAUGCCUCUAGAAUGCAUCCGUCACAGCCAACCACCGUAGAACCCCAUACGGCUGUGCUGCUCACUGCUUACAGCUGACUCUAGAAGUUAGAAUAAGCUUAACAAAGUUAAAAGUUCCAUUCAUCUCCUGGUUAGUCUUUAACUGUCACUCGUGCAACAGGUGAAGAUUUUGGACCCACCACAUGGAGCCUGCCUGUUGAACAAACCUAGAAUACAACAUUGGGUGUAGAGGGCAGUACUAUAGUACUAUUCUAUAUUACUACUAGGGUACUACAGCACUAUACUGCUACUAGGGUACUAUACUACUGGGUACUAUAGUAAUAUACUACUGCUAUACUACUAGGGUACUGUAGUAUUAGGCUACUAUAGUACUUUACUACUACUACUACACUGCUAGGGUACUAUAGUACUAUACUACUAGGGUGCUAUAGUACUAUACUACUAGGGUACUAUAAUACUACUGUGGUAUACUGUUACACUACUGGGGUACUAUAGUAAUAUACUACUGCUAUACUACUAGGGUACUGUAGUAUUAGGCUACUAUAGUACUUUACUACUACUACUACACUGCUAGGGUACUAUAGUACUAUACUACUACUAUACUACUAGGGUGCUAUAGUACUAUACUACUAGGGUACUAUAAUACUACUGUGGUAUACUGUUACACUACUGGGGUACUAUAGUAUUAUACUACUGGAGUACCCUAGUAGUACAGUAGUAGUGUAGUACUACAGUAUCCUAGUAGUAGUAUAGAAUGAUAGUACCCUAGUAGUACAGGGUACUGUAGUAAUAUACUACUGUACUACUAGGGUACUGUACUACUAGUAAUACUAUACUACUUCAAUGCUAGGGUACUAUCGUACUAUACCAUAAACACCUGUCCUACACCUUCCUGGCAUUAGCCAUCUAUUUUAGCCCAGGCAGAAGAACAGCUAU